UCUCGAACCCACGAACGCCCCCUUUUUUCUUUCUUCCUCCCCAUCAAUUUACUCCCAUCCGAAACUUCUAGAAACAACAAGAACCUACCAUCUCUCUCGCUUUCUCUCUCAACCGUGAAUUUUUCCGCUUCCGGCGGUCUUUCUCCUACUCUGUUGGCCGCUGAAUAUUGUUUUCAAUAUUACACAGAUCAAAUCAAGCCAGGUUUCAGUUCCAGAUCUGGUAGCGGAGCGGAUGAUGACGCCAUUACCGGUGGAGCAAACCGGUGAAUCAGCGCCGGCGGAGUCACAGAGAUCUAUUCCGACGCCGUUUCUGACGAAGACGUACCAGCUCGUGGAUGAUCCCUCCGCGGAUGACCUAAUUUCCUGGAACGAAGAUGGCACGAGUUUCAUCGUUUGGCGGCCUGCGGAAUUCGCACGUGAUUUGCUUCCGAAGUACUUCAAACACAACAACUUUUCCAGUUUUGUCCGUCAGCUAAACACCUAUGGAUUUCGGAAGGUUGUCCCUGACCGUUGGGAAUUCGCUAACGACUGUUUCCGGCGAGGUGAGAGAACUCUGCUCCGGGACAUACAACGCCGGAAAAUAUUACCGGUGCCACCAACUGCGCAACCUGCAGUGGCCACAGCCAAUACUGUGACGGUUGCUGUGGCGGCACCGGCGAUCAGAACGGUGUCUCCGACGACUUCCGGCGACGAACAGGUACUAUCCUCGAACUCAUCUCCGAUUGCUGGAAAUAAUAAUAAUACAGUGCACCGCACCACGAGUUGCACCACUACGCCCGAGCUGUUAGAAGAAAAUGAAAGGCUUAGAAAAGAGAACAUGCAACUGAAUCACGAGUUGAGUCAAUUGAAGAGUUUGUGUAAUAACAUACUCGCUUUGAUGACCAAUUACGCUUCUGGUUUUAGCCGUCAGCAGUUAGAAUCGUCCACUAGUGCUGUGAGGACCGUGCCGGUGCCGGAAGGGAAGGCUCUGGAGCUUUUGCCUGCGAAGCAUGUUUCGUCAGCUGAUGACGCCAUGCAUGGUGGCGCUGCCGGCUUAGGGCCGUGUACGAAUGCGAAUGCAGCGGAGGCAGAGGUUCCCAAGCUGUUUGGGGUUUCUAUUGGGUUAAAACGGUGUAGGACAGAGUGCGAGGCCGAACCGGAGGUAGAAGAACAGAAUCAAAUGCAAACGCGAGCUCAGGCACAAACACAGACACAGUCCUCUCAAGAACCAGAUGGCGGGCCAGAUGUGAAAUCUGAACCGCUUGAUGGGGAUGAGUCGGAUGAUCAGGAUCCUCGGUGGCUGGAGCUUGGGAAAUAAUGCCCUUUCCUUCUUAAGCUCUGCUAUUUUGGUAAAAUGACAUGAGGCACGUGACUUGGGUGGCCACAUUGUUCACAUUAGAGACAUACAUUAAGGUAGCGCUACCAUUGGGCCGGCACGUGAUUUGACCUUGUUUGUUGUGGAAGCUGCUCCACAUGGAGUCAAUAGUUUCAAAGUCAACUUCCUUGAGCACCAAACUUCUUUAUCUUGAGAAAUAAAUGUUCUUUGAGCCAUUGUUGUAAAUCUUUAAUGAACAUUUGUAAAACCUAAUGGCAGUCCCCUAAGCAUUCACGUCUCCUUUUUUCUUUUUUAAGAAAAUUUUAUGCGAUAGAGCACCAUAUGUAUAUACAUAUAAUAUAAAAAAAUUCGAAUUUAUUCA